UCUCUCAAAUUGGUUUAUGGCUUUAUAGUGUAUAAUUCUUCCUAGCUGCUCUUGCUAAUCAGUUAAACAAGGAAAGCUAAAAGAUGUAAUAGAAGCCUGCCGAGCGUCAACUGGUAACGCAGCGUUGCAUACCUUUGACAGGGAACAGUUGUGCCGCCGAGUCCAUUUUCCAACGAUCAUAAAAUCCGUCAAAAGAAUCUUCCUUUCCUAGUCCACUUUCCACAUCCUCCAUCACACACGCACACGCUGUCUCUGCCUCAACCAACACUGAAGAACAUGGCGGUCGCACUCGCAGGCUCUGCUAAUCUCACCGCCCCAAAACCCUCUCUCGGAGGUACCUUCACCAUCCUCCCUCUCUCCCCUCAAAUGCCAACCCUCCACGUCACAAGAAAACCCAACCCCACCAUUAUCGCUUCCGUCUCCGCCUCUUCUUCUUCUCCCUCUACCGGUCAAGCCCAAUGGUCUCUCGAUUCCUGGAAGUCAAAACGGGCCCACCAACUUCCUGAAUAUCCGGAUGCGGACGAACUGGAGUCGGUACUCAGAACAAUCGGGUCGUUCCCGCCAAUUGUGUUCGCUGGGGAGGCAAGAAAGCUGAAGGAUAAGCUAGCAAAUGCUGCCGUCGGGAAAGCGUUUCUGUUACAGGGCAGUGACUGUGCAGAGAGUUUCAAAGAAUUCAAUGGCACCAACAUUAGAGACACUUUCAGAGUCCUUUUGCAGAUGGGGAUUGUCCUCACUUUUGGUGCCCAAAUUCCCGUCAUCGCUGUUAGGAGGAUGGCAGGGCAAUUUGCAAAGCCAAGGUCAGACCCAUAUGAGACAAAAGAUGGAGUUAAGUUACCAAGUUAUCGAGGAGAUGACAUAAAUGGUGAUGCUUUUGAUGAGAAAUCUAGAGUUCCUGACCCUCAAAGGCUGAAUAGAGCUUAUCUUCAGUCUGUUGGUACAUUGAAUCUCCUCAGAGCAUUUGCUACUGGUGGCUAUGCUGCUAUGCAAAGGGUCUCCCAAUGGAAUCUCGAUUUUGUUAGACAUAGUGAACAAGGAGACAGGUGAGAGGACACGGCAGUUAGAUGGAGCACAUGUUGAAUUUCUCUGGGGUAUAUCCAAUCCUCGCGGUGUAAAGGUACAUGGUGCUUAUUAUCUUUUAGAGUCUAAAAGUCAUUGCCAAUUAGAUUUGUUUAGAUAAUCAUCACAUUCCUGUUAACUGUACUUUUGACAGUGAGCAAGAGCCUUUUCUUGAGUUUUUUUAUUAUCUUUAGUAUAGCUGUAGCGAUUUUAUUCUAGAGGUAAGAAUGUAAGGUUUGCUAUUAUAUUGAUCAGCUAGUGGGUUUGAGUUUCGUAUCCUCUUGGCUCCUUGCUAUUAAAAUGGAAUUUAAUAUCUGUUAAGAACAUAAUUUUGAUUCAAAUAGGGAACCAUCUCUUAAUUGACUCCAAACCUUUGCUGGAAAGUUAACACUCAUGUGGUACUUGGUAUGAUUAGUAAGAAUGCAAAUCUGUGCGUUAGACAAUCAUAUAACUCUAGCUUGUUUUGAGACUCAUCGUGGCAUCAACCCUUGCUCUGGAACUUCAUAGUUAAAUUUUAGUUUGUUUGUCUACUGACAAGAGUUAGUACAUGAAGUUGAAGGCUUUAGGCUUUCAUGUAUUUGUCACUUUACGUCAUUGAGUAGGCCCAGUUGUUCCUUUUCGAGUAGGGAAUUGUGCAACUCAAGUUUUAUAUAAUUUAAACUUUUUGGUUUUUAGUGUCAAAAUAUCAAACCAUAAAUCUAGUGAACAGUUAUUGAGUGAGAUUUGUUGAUUUGCAUAUGUAAAGCUUAGGUGCAUGUAAGGUUCAAGUUUUAGAAACCAAACCAUAGUUUUUCCUUUUCUUUUAAUCAGUAACUGGAGGGAGAAAAGGCUUGAUGUAGUUUUAGUUGCUAUGUUUGAAUGAUACUUUUUGGUUGCUGAUAUCUCCAUGAAUCAUGUAGGUGAGAGAUAAGAUGGACCCGAAAGAACUUGUAAAAUUGUGUGAAAUUCUUAACCAUCGGAACAAACCUGGAAGACUGACAAUAAUCACCUGAAUGGGAGCUGAUAACAUGCAGAUAAAGCUUCCACAUCUUAUUAGGGCUGUGCUCCAGGCUGGGCUUAUUGUCACGUGGGUGAGUGAUCCCAUGCAUGGAAGUACAAUUAAAGCUCCAUGUGGUCUCUAAACUCGUCCAUUUGAUGCAAUCACGGCUGAGUUGAGGGCAUUCUUCGAUGUUCAUGAACAAAAAGGGAGCUAUCCUGGAGGAGUUCAUCUGGAGAUGACAGGGCAGAAUGUAACAGAGUGCAUAAGAGGGUCAAAGACUGUAACUUUUGAUGACUUGAACUGUCGGUAUUACACACAUUGUUACCCUAGAUUAAAUGCAUCAUAGUCAUUAGAGCUAGCCUUUGCCAUAUCAGAGAGGUUGAGGAAGAGAAGGCUCAAGUCUGCCAAGGAAUUUCUCACUGGGAACAGAGUUAUUUAGUAGUUCAAUGGCAUAAGCCAGUCAACUGCUCAACCUUGACUCUGUUGAGAAUAAUUAUUUAGUUAAACUUUUUUUUUCAUUGUCUUAUGUCUGCAAAGGAGAGAGCUUUUUGUACUGGUAUAAAUUACUUCCAUUCCCCAAAGGAGCUGUGAACUAAUCUCCUCGUUUGAUACUAUAAUCAAGGUGGCCGUGUUUGUUAGAUCGAGUGUGGAUUUUUAUAUGUAGAAUUGGUGAUCUCUGCUCGUCAUUUUACAUUGGAUAAAAGCUUGGUUACCAUUCAAACAAAAGUAAUACUAUAGUGUUUAAGAAGUGGCAAAAUGUUGGGAGUUUUAAAGUAAGAUUUUAGUUCAAUUAAUUUAUAUAAUUAUUCUU